AAGCCCUCCUCUCCUUGCAGUCCGCGCGUAGCGGCGCCAUGUUGAUCCGCUACUGAGACGAUGGCUUUGUGGCGUGAGGGACGGCAGCGGUGACACAAAAGUAGUUGAAAAGCAGGCGCCGGCUGUAGGACCAAGGAAAGCCUGUGAAAAUAUGCCUUCACCAGACUUGUGUGCAGAACUGCAUGUUGUCCACUGCUGCUGUCACAGAAAAAUCUGGCUGCACUCGACAGACGAGAGAGAGCCUGAAGCAUCAGAGCGGGACCGCGGGAGGAUGUUGAGAGCGUGAAGUGCCAUGAAUCGAUACGCGACCCUCAGGCAGCUGGGAGACGGGACCUACGGCUCGGUCCUUCUGGGCAAGAGCCUGGAGUCCGGGGAGCUCGUCGCCAUUAAAAAAAUGAAAAAGAAGUUUUAUUCUUGGGAGGAAUGCAUCAAUCUGCGUGAAGUCAAGUCUCUGAAGAAACUGAGCCACGCGAAUGUAGUGAAGCUGAAGGAAGUGAUCCGCGAGGACGACCACCUCUACUUUGUCUUUGAAUACAUGAAAGAGAAUCUGUACCAGCUGAUGAAGGACAGAAGCCGACUUUUUGCAGAGUCCACUGUGAGGAACAUCAUGUACCAGAUACUCCAGGGAAUGGCCUUCAUUCAUAAGCACGGAUUUUUCCACAGAGACAUGAAGCCUGAGAACCUCCUUUGCAUGGGACCAGAGUUGGUUAAAAUCGCCGACUUUGGACUUGCUCGUGAAAUCCGAUCCCGUCCGCCGUACACCGAUUACGUCUCCACAAGAUGGUAUCGAGCCCCCGAGGUCCUCCUCCGUUCUACAAAUUACAGUUCACCAAUUGACCUCUGGGCGGUGGGCUGCAUCAUGGCUGAACUAUACACCCUAAGACCUCUGUUUCCAGGCUCAAGUGAAAUCGACACGAUAUUUAAAAUCUGCCAAGUCCUUGGGACCCCCAAAAAGACCGACUGGAAUGAAGGCUUCCAGCUUUCUUCUGCGAUGAGCUUUCGAUGGCCGCAGUGCGUGCCAAGCAACUUGAAGACUUUGAUUCCCAAUGCCAGUAGUGAUGCCAUCCAGCUGAUGAGGGAUCUGCUGCAGUGGGACCCGAAGAAGAGGCCGGCCGCCAAUCAGGCUCUUCGUUAUUCCUACUUCUACGUCGGGCAGGCUCUCGGUACGCCACAGCAGAUCCAGGAGCGGGGGAGACACGCGUCCAAGUUACAGCCGCAGCCACCUCUCCUGAAACCCGCGCCCCCCGUCCUGCGGGCGGCGCAGCACCACCACUGCCCUCCGCCAAGGCCUCUGCAGCAAAUCCAGCCCGCCCAGAACUCGACGACGUGCCCCGCCGAAGCCUCGCCCAGGGGGGGCAGAGGAGAAGACGCCGAGCGCCACCGCCCGCCUUUCCUGCCAGUCAUCAAAACGAAAGUCGCGCAGCAGAAAGGAGGCGGAGCCACCGCCACUGCCACCGCCGCCACGUCAGAAAACAAUGGCAGCUCGUUCCUUUUGGCCAAACCAAAGAAUAGCAGGAGGCGCUGGGGUCCGGUGCCCGGGACCGUGAAGCGGUCAGAGGACUGGAGUGACUUGGACGAGGUGGAUGCCAACGGCCCGACAAAGCACAACGCCAGCGAGAGCAGGAGGCCAGCGGACAGCGACGCCCUUGGCAGGUUUGGGGGCGCCGUGGGCCUCGAGCAGUCGGUGGCCAGAGGCGGUGACGGCCAGCCAGGUGUCCCCAAGUCGGCCGGCGGUAAGGAGCGCGCCACUCCGAGGACCACGUCGGCCAGAGAGUAUUACCUGAAGCAGGCCCGCUACUUCCCAGGGAUUCCUGCGAAGAAACCCGACGACUGCCCUCCAAGCCAAGACUGCGAUGCCAACAACUUGUGGGACGGUGCCAUUAUGCCCUCGGCUGUCACCUGUGGCACAUUCCCAGGUCAUCGAAAAAACCCAGGUCCUGGGGUGCUGCUAGGCGGGUACCCAUCGUCGUUUCUGAAAAAGGAACUGGGAUCAGCUGGGCAAAAGGUGCACCUGACGCCAAUCGUGGACCCCAUGCCAAACUACGCAUCCUGGAAGUCCAGUCGAAAUCAGCUGGCACCCCCUUCAUUUGUGUCCCUGUCGUCCAGCACUCCUGCGCCAACUCCCAGAGUGCCACCGGUGCACGGCCGGACAGACUGGACGUCAAAAUACGGUUACGCCGCCUGGAAGUCCAAUCGGAAUCAACUUGGGCCACCGGCCUUCAUGUCGCCCUCCACUAAGACGAGCGGGCAGGUGCCCAGGCCACCAUCUGUACAGCCGCUGCACGGGCGCACCGACUGGACGGGGAAGUAUGGCGGGCAGAGGUGAAGGAGGCCUUCUGCUGGCGUCUUCUUGCCCGUGGGGCACCAAUCAACGCACAUUUGAGCCAAUCAGUGCAAGUGACAAAUAAACAGGACAAGGAGGGUGACGCCAUCCACGGCGAGAUGUCCCCAUCGUGUCACCUCUCCGCCUUUCUGUACAUAGCGCUGCCGCCGCCGCCGUCUUUUCUAGUUUGGCCGAGCCUCGGGGGUCUCUGGGGGUCUCGCUGCUGCGCUGCCAUUGGCUCCGCGACGAGGCCGAUUUUGUAACAAAUGACUUUUAUAAAGAAGAAGAAUAAAAAUUGUUUUUGCUGAA